AUGCCGAGAGAGGUCAGUUGGUCUAUACGGCUUCAGUUUAUUGCAGUUACAUAUGCGCUUGCGGCAUGGUCACUGUACAAUUGUACAAGUACAUCGUUAUCGUUUCUUCAAGCGAUGUAUAAAGCUACUUAUGGAGUGCAUUUGAUUAUUUGGGGAAAUUUUUUGCUGGUACACUACUUUAUAGGGGGUUGGUUGGUAGUUCGGAUGCUUUUUGGGCGAUUAACGUUGUUGGAAUAUGAACAUAUAUUUGAGAGGCUCCAUCUUACAGUUCUGAGUUCGUUGUCUGUGUUGAUUACUAUGGAUCGUAAAAAUUCGAAGAUUGGAGUUAUUGCUAUUCCAUUUCAUGUAUUGUGCCAGGUUUUACAUUGGGUUGUUAGGGAUAGGAUGGAAUUUGUGUUCGCGCCACCUAUUGGUACUCGUAUGGCGAUGAAGGAUUUAUUAUUCUCUAGAUUUAUGUUGAGUAUUGUUGUGCUUGGCGUUGUGGACUUUAAGUUAAUGAUGUAUUUUUACAGGCAGCACCAGGCGGAGCAGGGCUAUCUCUAUUAUCUACUAUUCAGCGAUAACGGGCAAAAUACAUCAGAAGAUAGGUUGUCCCUGUCACUUGGUGUUGAUUUUGGACUCUUAUUUUUGGACUGGUUGCAGGUCGUGCUCUUAAACUGCUUGAAGUUUGUUGAGUUAUUCAAAGCGGGCAGACGUGUACAGGAGCAUCAACUAUUAGAUAAUAAUGAGCUAGAGAAUGAUAUUGAAGAUGAUGGAGCGUUUAUUUUGGAAGAAAAGUUCAUUUAUGAAAAGAUUGUAGAAACAGUUCUAGAAAUUCUCAAGAUAUUAUUAAACAUAUUCCUAAUAACAUCGGGUAUACACUCGUUUGUUGUGUUCUAUAAUAUUUUUAUCAAGAGUAUUGAAACAUGCGAACGUUGUGUACUAUUAUUCAACUAUUGGAAGAAUAAUAGGAGGCUACAUGAAAAAUUAUUGGAUGUUACCGCGGGACAUUUGGAUGGCGUUGAUAUAACAUGCACUAUAUGCAUGGAUGAUAUGUUACCAUCGAAGGAUGUUAAGGUUAAUAACAAGAAAGCCAAGAUGUUACCAUGUGGACACAUGCUGCAUUUUGGUUGUCUAAAGAGUUGGAUGCAAAGGGCACAAACAUGUCCAAUAUGUAGGUUUCCUGUGUUUGGUUCUUCUAAUCCCAGAGCUGGUCAAAAUGCCAAUUCGAACGGUAUCGUACCUACACAGAGCGAACAACAACAACAACUACAACAACAACAACAACAACAACAACAACAACAACAACAACAACAACAACAACAACAACAACAACGGCGUUCUUCUUGGCAUUCUGAAAAUGAAAUCCCACAUGAUCCAGCACAUCCGGUUAGAAAUUCUGAGCAAAGUGGUUUCUCUGCUACUAACAAUAACGACGGUGAUGAUCCAAACAACCAAUUAAGACCAGUAAAUAACUCAAACCAACAAAAGAAUGAACCCUCCUGGAUUUCCUUCCCUACUCAAUACCAGGCAAACGGCAAGUUGUAUUUCAAAUUACAGGAAUUUCAAAGUGACAAGGAAUGGGAAGCUGUAUUUACGUCACGUCCGAACCCUAUCAUAAAUAAACAGCAGGUACAAAUGCAGAGCGAUGCUCAGCCGUACUUGGGGCUGCAAGACCACCGCCAGCGGCAGCAGCUACAACAACAAGAAUCACAGGAACACUCUGCAGAACAGGGAAAAGAAGAAAAGCAUGAAAAGCAGCAGCAGGUGCAGCAGCAGCAGGUGCAGCAGCAGCAGGUGCAGCAGCAGCAGGUGCAGCAGCAGCAGGUGCAGCAGCAGCAGGUACAGCAGCAAGGUUUAAGAUUCUUUAACUCCUUUAGGAAUGGUUUAGAUACAAGGCAUACUAUAGACUCUCUCCCCGUAAUACCUACCUCUCGACUCGAACAAACAGAGGAGCUGGAACGUUUAAAAAGGAGGAUUUCUGAAUUGGAGAAUACGGUUGGUGAUUUAUUGAAACGUAUAAAAACUGACUGA